AUGGAUGACAAAGCCGACCCUUUAGAUGGGUGGCCGAUACGAGAAGUUGCUCGAGAGCAGACAUUGGCGAAAGAGGACCUAUAUGGUAAACUUUAUGUUUACCUUCGGCGUGUUUUCCAACAGUUCCUAGAUGGCCUAGCAAGGAUAGAGAUAGACAUUGAACUGUUCAAUGUGGACGCGAUCCAGCUUCCUGGAAUUCUUCAGGGGAACAAAUAUGCCAGAAUCGAGGUAUCGAAUAUAACUGAUGCUGGGUAUCUGGGUACACGGGAAACGUUGCGCCUAUUGUCGCCUUUGCUGCAACCUCCACAGAAAAAUCCUCACGCCACCAUAAUUUCAGCGUAUCUGAAUGCGAUUAUGGAGAUGGUCAAACAAGGCGACGACAGAGACCAAACACCGAACAUGGAAUUACUAAUGAAGUUCCUACCUGAUAUUGACAUGUUCUCCUUGCUACGACCGGAGAGCGCUCAAAGUCUGAAAUUAUGGGAUGCGAGAACAAUUGUCAUUGACCGACACAAGUUUUUUGAGAGGUACAUCAGCGUGUUUCGAUUUGGUCUUAUAUCUGCCGAUCUGCAAGUCGCAAUGAAGGAUCGCAAGACGGUAGUUGAGGCAUGGCCCACAAAGCCAAUACUCAAAAGAGGACAGCAAGGGUCCCAAGACGAGUUUAACAUUCUUCUGGAUUCGAACUUUACCUGCGUUGAACGAUUUGUGGAAUGGAGGCGGACAAAAUAG